GGUUGGACUCUCAAGUUGAGCUAUUCAAGUUUUGCUUAAGAAACAGUGACAAGGAAAACUCCCAGAAAUGUCUAGCUCUGCAAAAGAUGUAAAAGAACCCGCAUUUCAUGGAGUGGGUCAGAAACCCGGGACUGAAAUUUGGCGUAUUGAGAAUUCUCAGCUAGUUCCUUUGCCAAAGUCUGACUAUGGAAAAUUCUAUAUGGGCGAUUCUUACAUUGUAUUACAGACAACAGCAAGCAAGGGUGGUCAAAAUCUGCAUGACAUGCACUACUGGAUCGGGAAAGAUACCAGUCAGGAUGAAGCUGGAACAUCUGCUAUUAAAGCCUUUGAGCUAGACGCAGUACUAGGAGGACGUGCUGUGCAGUACAGGGAACUUCAAGGACAUGAAUCUGACAAAUUUGUGUCAUACUUUAGACCUUGCAUUAUACAACUGGAGGGUGGUUUUGCUUCAGGAAUUAAAAAAGCUGAAGGAGAGUUUGAGACACAGUUGUAUCUCUGCAGAGGAAAGCGAGUUGCAAAACUGAAACAGGUUCCUUUUGCUCGGUCUUCACUGAAUCAUGAUGAUGUGUUUAUCCUGGACACUCAAAAAAAGAUUUAUCAGUUCAAUGGUGCACAAUCUAAUAUUCAGGAAAGGGCAAAGGCAUUAGAUGUUAUUCAGUUUUUAAAGGAAAAGAAUCACGACGGAGACUGUGAUCUUGCAAUCGUUGAGGAUGGGAGAAUGGGCACUGAGCCCAACUCUGGUGAGUUCUGGGUCCUAUUUGGUGGUUUUGCUCCAAUAAGCAAGAAGGUUACCAGUGAAGAUGAAGUUAUUCCUGAGACUACUACUCCUAAACUUUAUAGCAUAACUAAUGGUGAGCUGAAGCCUGCUGAAGGCAAACUAUCAAAAGGCCAUUUUGAAAACAAAAAAUGCUAUCUACUAGACUGUGGUUCUAAGGUUUUUGUUUGGGUUGGACGUGCAACACAUGUAGAGGACAGAAAAGCUACCAAUCAAGUUGUUGAGGAUUUUUUGGCUAGUGAGAAUAGAGCACAAACAUCACGCAUAAUACGUGUCAACCAAGGAUAUGAAACUAAUUCAUUCAAGUCCAACUUUGAUUCUUGGCCGGCAGGGUCUACAACAGGUCCUGGUGCUGAGGAGGGAAAAGGAAAAGUAGCCGCUCUUCUGAAGCAACGGGGAGUCGCUGUCAAGGGAGUGACCAAAAGCGCUCCUGUAAAUGAAGAAGUCCCUCCUUUGCUUGAAGGCGAUGGAAAGAUGGAGGUAUGGUGCAUUAAUGACAGUGCCAAGACACCUUUGCCAAAAGCUGAUAUUGGUAAAUUCUACAGUGGAGAUUGUUACAUUGUGCUUUAUACCUACCAGUCUGGUGAGAAGAAAGAAGAUUACUUUCUGUGCUGUUGGAUUGGAAACAAUAGCAUUGAGGUAAUUUACGUCAUGGCUUAUAAGCUGGCUACUGCAAUUUAUAACUCAUUAAAGGGGAGGCCUGUUCAGGGUCGAGUGUUUGAAGGUAAAGAGCCCCCCCAAUUCAUUGCACUUUUUCAACCUAUGUUGGUCUUUAAGGGUGGUCAAAGCUCUGGUUACAAAAGGAGUAUAGCUGACAAAGGCUUGACGGAUGUAACCUACAAAGCAGAAAGUCUUGCUCUAUUUCGUACAUCAGGAACUGCCCUCCACAAUAAUAAAGUAGUGCAAGUUGAUGCGGUGGCAUCAUCGUUGAACUCGACUGAGUGUUUCCUCCUACAAUCUGAUCCUACAUUUUAUGUAUGGAAUGGAAACCAAAGCACCAAUGAACAGAAGCAAUUUGCUGUAAAAAUUGCUGGAAUUCUUAAGCCUGGAGUUUCUGUGAAACAUGCUAGAGAAGGAAAAGAGAGCAACGCCUUCUGGCUUGUACUUGGGGGGAAACAAAGUUAUAGCUGCGAAAAAGCAUCUUUUGGGACUGCCAGGGAACCCCACUUGUUCUGUGUCACUCUAAACAAAGGUCUUUUCCAAUUUGAGGAAGUCUAUAAUUUCUCACAGGAUGAUCUCUUGACAGAAGAUAUCUUAAUACUUGACACACAUGCAGAAGUGUUUGUUUGGGUUGGUCAGUGCGUUGAUUCCCUAGAAAAGCGAAGUGUUUUCGAAAUUGGUCAGAAAUAUAUAGACAGGGCCGCUGGUCUGGAUGGUUUGUCUCCGAUUGUUCCACUUUACAAAGUUACUGAAGGAAAUGAACCCUGCUUCUUCACAACAUUCUUUUCAUGGGAUCCCAACCGAGCUAUUGUAUGUGUCCUUGACUGAACUUUUGUACUUUAUCCUUGAGUUACUG